AAAACCGCAAGUCGCUAGCUUUCAUCAUUAAAAGGUUAUUGCAAAAACAACCGACUCCAUUAUUCAUUGAAAACGAUAGUAGUACAGGUAGUAUAGUAGCUAUCUUGCCCCUCAGCAUUUUUUCUGAGUUGCUAUUCAGAAAUUAUGUCACCUUCUAAGAUAAAAACAUCUGGAAAAGAUCCUAAAAUCUUCAUCUCAAGACCGUUCAUUUUGGAAUAUUUAUAGGUGUCGUCGAUGGAAUUGGUGGUACAGUGAAACGAAUGGUUUAUGAAGACAUAAUGGCUGGAAAGAAAUGCAAAAAUGCUGGUGACUUUGUACGAUUGAUUAAAGAUAAAAGUACACCGAUAAUAAUCGAUGAACUAUUAACAAGUGAAAUUGAAUAUGCUGAAAUGAACCUGAAACAAUUAUUUGAACAAGUUAAACCUGUUCCGAAUAUUCAAAAAGUGCAUUCAGUGAUUGUUUGGGACGUUGAUAAAAUUGAAUGUAAAUUAUAUUCGAACAGUUCUAAAGGAAAAGUAGUUUGUUUUUGA